UUGGGUUGCAAAUGAAAAAUAGAGUUUAAGCCCUUAAAAACCCCAAAACAGAACAAAACCAAGUUCCACUCAUAGUGCUAGAGAGAACAACGAAGAAGAGCCACCACUGCUCCGCCGCACACCACCAACACCAUGGUUCACGUCUCGUUUUACCGCAACUAUGGUAAAACAUUUAAGAAACCUCGUCGUCCCUACGAAAAGGAACGAUUAGAUGCUGAACUGAAACUCGUCGGAGAGUACGGACUCAGGUGUAAGCGUGAAUUAUGGAGAGUACAGUAUGCCCUCAGUCGAAUUCGUAACAAUGCUAGAAAUCUUCUUACUCUUGAUGAGAAAAAUCCAAGAAGGAUUUUUGAAGGUGAAGCAUUGCUUCGAAGAAUGUUUCGUUAUGGAUUACUUGAUGAAACUCAGAAUAAGCUUGAUUAUGUUCUUGCUCUUACUGUUGAGAAUUUUCUAGAACGUCGUCUUCAAACUCUUGUUUUUAAAUCUGGUAUGGCUAAGUCUAUUCAUCAUGCUAGGGUUCUCAUCAGACAGAAGCAUAUUAGGGUCGGAAGGCAAGUUGUGAACAUCCCCUCUUUCUUGGUGAGGGUUGACUCUCAGAAGCAUAUUGACUUUUCACUUACAAGUCCAUUUGGUGGUGGACGUCCUGGAAGAGUGAAGCGAAAGAACCUCAACGCUGCUGCCAAGAAGGCUUCCGGUGGUGCAGGUGAUGAGGAGGAUGAGGAUUAAACUGUUGUUGUCAUAGUUGCGCAUUCUCCGUGCAUUCUCUAAUGAUGUUAGAACUUGUGUUAGCAUCUAUGAUUUUGUCCCUAGUUUAUCGUUAUUGACUGCUAUACUUUUUUGUUUUUGUUUUUUCAUCCUUGAUUCUGAUUUGAGAAUGUACUUUGGCUGAGAUAUGUUGUUUUUUGGAACUAAAUUAUUAUGAUGAACUUUUUGCUCAAGUAA